AUGGCUACUCUUGCAGACUCGGCGUGCUCCGACGUUGAGACGGAACAGGUGCAGGAUCUGAGUAACCCAGAUGUUGUCACCAAGUAUCGUACUGCUGCAGAUAUCGCUAAUGGAGCGCUGAAGAAGGUGAUUUGCGGCUGCGUGCCGGGAGCUGACGUCUACGCGUUGUGCAAAUUGAGCGACGCCUACAUUACGGAGGCGUGCUCCAAGGUGUAUAACAAGAAGGAGAAUGGGAAGAAGAUGGAGAAGGGGAUUGCCUUCCCAACUUGCAUCUCCGUUAAUGAGACCUGCGGGCACUUCUCCCCUGUCGACGAGACCCCGGAGACCAACAGAGUUUUGGUCGAAGGCGACAUCGUCAAGAUUGAUUUGGGCUGCCACGUCGACGGAUACUCCGGUGUUGUCGCCUACACAGUCGUGUGCGAUGCAGUCUUGCCCAGCGUCUUCGAGGCUAGCGCGGCAGGCAAGGCCGUCGCCCACAUCUCCGGCAGGAAGGCGGACGUCAUCAAGGCGUGCUGGACAGCUGCAGAGGCAUGCAUGCGUCUUGUUAAGGCAGGCCAUAAGAGCACAGACCUCACAAAGACCAUCGAACUUGCAGCAAAGCAAUACAACUGCAUCCCUGUGCAGGGCGUCCUUUCUCACCAGCUCAAGCGUUACGUCAUCGAGGGAAGCAAAUGCUUCGCCGGCGUGGCACCUGGCCCAGGCGAAGACAAGCCAGAGGAAUUCGAGUUCGAAGUCAAUGAAGUCUAUGGUGUUGACAUCGUCAUUUCCACAGGUGAAGGAAAGGUACGGGGCACAGUGAUCAAGCCAACAGUUUACAAGCGCGCGGUCGAUCGCACGUACAUCCUGAAGUCGCAGCUCGGUCGUCACUUCAUGAGCGAAGUCCAGAAUAAAUAUCCGACCUUGCCGUUUUCCCUUCGCGGCUUUUCCGAUGACAGAGCAUGCAAAGUGGGUGUCGCAGAGGCGAUGCGCCACGAGCUGCUUCACCCUUACCCGGUUAUGACAGAGAAACAAGGAGAAUAUGUUGCACAGUUCAAGUUCACUCUCCUUCUCCUCCCCACGGGCACAAAGAAGGUGACUGGCCUUCCUCUUGUGUACGAGAAAGAGUUGAAGAGCAGCCACAGCGUCGAAGAUGAGAGUCUUAAGGCGUUGCUUGCAACUUCUGUAAAUCCGAAGAAACUGAAGAAGCGGGCGCAGGCGGGGAAGAAGGAGGAUGGAGCGAAUGACGCAUAG